AUGCAAAAGGUCCAGGCUUUGUUGAGCUCGAUAGUGGAUGGAGUUCAGACCGUUUCUCCAAACACAUUGCAACAGACGGUUACGGCAAUCAAUAAGUUUCAAGACGAUCCGGCACUUUUGGACAGGAUACUGCCAAGAUGCGUGCAUCUUUUGACCGACUCGUUCUUUUCUAUGUCACAGCGUGACCAAAGACUCGUUGCGGAGCUGUUCUACAAUCUUGACAAAAUCUCGCACUCUAAAGUCCUUAAAUCAUUAGAUACAAGCAUUUUUAGGUUAAACGACCUUUUAAACUAUUUACAGGAUCGAGCGUCGCCCUCUUCUUUCAGCGAUGUCUUGUGCGUCUAUCUAAACCUUUCUUGGCUAAGCGUCGUUUUGCUUUCCCCUUAUACAUUCAAAGAUAGGUUUAGCAAAACGAUUCAGGUAUCGUCGAGGUUCGAAACCUACCCGAUUUGCAUUCCGCCCAUCAAUAAGAUCAAAGCCGUCUUAUACUUUAAAAACUUGACAAGGGACUUCGACCAGCUGCCGGGACCAGACCAAUCAAAUGUGCCAUUCCUCAACCAAUUUCUGAAACUGUACAUUCAAUCCCCGCAGACUACAAGCUCCUACUUCUCACAUGAGAACUUAAGGCAUUUACAGCAGAUUGCAGUGUCUAAUCAAGCAAUAAAGCUCUUACCCAAAUUAUUCCAGAUUUCGUACUACCAUGCAUCCCAUGAUAUCCUAGAUGCUAUAAUAGAGUUCUUCCAGGACCAUCUGAAUUCGAAUUCUACAGAUACACGGUUCCAGUUGGCGCACUCCUUUGCUAAGAUGGCCAAGUUCCUUCACCAGAGGGAUCCAGCAUCUUAUAUCGAGCUCAUUGGAUACACCAUUGACAACACGAUUUCGCUAUUGCAGACCUCUUGGGAUUCUAUCGAUAGUAACGAGUUACACACUUCCUUAUUGAUAAUUGCCGAGGUGGCUCUGGCUAAGAUUCUCCCUGUAGAUUUCAUUAGCCGUGUAUUGACUCUGAUCAUCCCCAAAACGUGCCAUUUCCAGCAAUCCCGCUUCCAAAUAAUUAAGGGCCAUCAUAUCAGAGAUUCGACGAAUUUCAUCAUCUGGUCCAUAAUGAGGUCGGACAGUUGCAAUAAUUUAUCUCCCCAGAUCCUACAGUCACUAUUGGCUCAUCUACUUAUAAAUGCCUUUUUCGAUCCUGAAUUGAUAAUCAGGUACUCGAGUUUUGCUGCCCUUCAAGAGUUAUUGGGUAGGUCCAACAGGUCUUUGGCACUGAACCAAACGGAUAUCGCCUCCAUAUUACAGGCAAACUGGAAGGAUCUGUCGAGGUCGUUCAAGGAAAAUUCGGAUCUAAUUCGUAGACUGUUCAAUGCUGAAAACACAUCGAAUAGCGCUGUUUGCGUAUGGGGCAUUUUUAUAAAGUGGUCGUUCCACUGGAAUUUAUUGGAGAAUUUACACCUGACUACCAUGAAACUCAAUAUAGAUUAUAAUUUACUCCCGCUAAUCAAGUUGAAACUAUGCUCACUUGAUUUAUUGCACGCAAUGUUAAAUAAAUCAGGCCACUCGAUGAUACAAUAUUGUCAAAUUUUGUAUCUAUACCUGAAAUUACUUGAAAAUGACGUAAAUUGUCCAGAGACAAGCAAAAUUUGUACUGACAUUUACAAAAAUAAAAUCAACUUCCAAUUAAUAGGCCAAGGGAAAAGACAAUUUAACGAUAAUUCACCCGAGUUAUUUCAAAUUUUUGUUAUUCUAAAAUACUGGCAGUUGGUGGGGCAGAAUGAUUUCAAUCAAGCAUUAUUUUGGCAAUUUGUAAACAUUAUAUCACCACAGAAGAAAUUAAACUUAUACAACGACUUUGUCUCCAUAGUGCAACGAAUAAUAUCACAAUGCGUUACUUUGAGUUAUUCAAAGACCGCUCAAUCAAUCAAAUCAGGUAACGAGAUAGCAUGCCGCUUGAUAUGCCACUUGCCCGAUCAAGAAAAGAUGUGUUCUAUUUUCUUAUCCCAAUUUCCUUCAUUAACACCUCAGUCCAAAUCAAUUUUGAUAGAAGAACUUGAUCACCAUUGGGAGGAUCGAGUAAGCCUGCUCUCACCGAAUUCGUACCAAAAAUUCCUCAAUGUCAUCAUUAACUGUCUUGAUGAUUAUACGAUAACGGAACAAGGUGACGUAGGACGCCUGGUAAGAAUACAAGCCUUAAAGGUUAUACACUCACAUCCUAAUUUGUUAUCUGUUAAUGGUGAUACCAUCAGGCCAAAAUUAACUCGAUUGCUUGCGGAACCUGUACUAGAAAUCAAAAAAAUGAGUUAUCAAUUGCUCGCACCAUCCACACCACGAACCACUGAAAUAUCUAAUUUAAUGUUACUUAAUUUCCAACACAGACAAGGCCUAAGCAAGGAGUUUUGGAAAGGCUACGCAAUAAACGCCGGGGCAAUAAAUUUUUCCGACUCUGAACUAACUUCAUCUAUUGAUUCCUUUAUUGUAUACUUUAGAUCCUUGUCUCCUCCGCAACAAUUGGAAUUAUGCAAUGAUUUGAUCAGAAUAAUCCCAAGCGCUAAACAGAUCGAUAAAUCAAGUAGAUGUAAUACCAACAAAGAUCCAUUAACGGGUGCAAUGAAGUUUGAUACCAUCAAGUUCACCAUUAAUUGCGUAAAAUUUUGGACUAGAAUCAUGGAAUCUGGUUUGGUUGUUUUACAUCCUGGCUUCAAUUUUCAAGGUGUUUUCGCCAAAUUCUAUAACUUACAUUUAUUAGAUUACAUCACACUGAGAGUUAAUGUGAUCAAAUUCUUCCCAUUCUUAGCGAUCUCUUACUACCACACAGUGGAUAACAUUACUGGUAGGGAAAGAAAUUUUGAUUUGGUCAAUUCAAUACUAAAAAGGCUAUUGGUAAUCGUGAGGCGUGAAUAUACAGCAACAAAAUCAAAAUUUAUGGCAGACCAGAAUAUCGCUUUACAAGGUAUAUUUCAGAUACUUUUAGAGUCAGGUGCCAUCAGGCAACUCGAAUUUCUAGAUGCAGCUUGCCAGAAUUUUGAAUUUGCGAACAUAUUAGAGUCCGAUAUCACUUUAUGA